AUGAUCUACCACUGUUCAUGCCGAGAGACAAGCCAGAGGAGAGUCGAUUUUUCCCUCUUAUUAAUGCUGGUGAGAUGAAGGUUUCAGAGAAUGGUGAGGAAAGUGAGGUGAGAGAACUAAAUGGCGAGAAUGUUGGGGAGAAGGCAAGCGGACAGACAGAAACCAAUAAGACUUCUGAUGCAUUAAUUGAGACUAUGAACAAAGUAUCAGAAAGACUGGAGGCCCAGGAGAGUAAGUUGAGUGAGCUUCUUACAGCAGUGCACGGUUUCUGUGCCGCUUCGAGUAAGUCGACAGAACAGAUUGUUGAGUUGUUGAAAUUAACUAGAAAGGAACAACGCGCAAGGAAUGAUAUGAAAGACUGGAUGGAAAAAAUGCAGGAGAAUUAUCAGAUACAACUGACAAAUGUGGCCAGGGCUGUUCAAACUCUUGAUCAGAUUUGUGAGGAUAAUAUUCACAGGAGAGAUGAGGAUGAGGCAGCAAAGAAUCAGAUGGGUGCUGAUAAAAAGAAAGAGAUGAGAGCAGCAAACCUUGCUACGCCAAAUAUUCCAAGGUGCUGUGAGUGUCAGACAUUUGGACACUAUGGGAACGAAUGUCCAAACCCUGGACAGGGCAUCAGGUCCUACAAGUGCAAUGAGUUGGGAAACCACAUUGCAAAAUUUCGUCCUCGUCGAAAGAAUGAUCGGUCGGGUUAUUCAAAAGGAAAGUGAAUGACCUGAGGAAAAGAGUGGUGAGCAAAGGAUACAUGACGAAAUACUGAUACAAGACGAGACAAUGGAAACUUAACAUUAAAAUAAUAUUGAAUCUGUUAUUGAGAGUUGAUAUGUUAAGCUUAUGUAAUUAAGAAACACUGACAUAUUUAGUUUGUAAGAGUUGAAAAAGUUGCCAUAGUGAGUUUAUAAAAGUAUUACAAAGGCAAUGCAACUAGUAUUAUAAAGGUGAAAUCAAAAGAGGAUUUAAAGGUCAGACUCGACGGAGAGAUUGGACUGAGAAGAGAAAACUCCGAAAUAGUCGAGAGGGAGUGUUGAAAAUGUAGAUCGCCUACUCUGCGUUCUCUCUUACCGCCAUGA